AUGGGUGCAAGCGAAAGUAUAGCUAUUCAAGUAAACCUCAAUAGACCAGACCGUUUUUAUUUUGUUGGUGAACAAGUAUCGGGCAAUAUAUUGUUUCAAAAUGAUCACAAUCAGUUGAAAUUGGAGGAGAUAAUUCUCAAACUCGUUGGCGAACUUGGUUAUACGACACAAGAGAGCCGUUCUUCUACCGAUAUCAAUGGGAACACCACUACAGAAAAUUACACUGAUUAUCAUGAUAUACCAUUCUUUACUAUUAGUUUACCUCUCGCUCGACCUAUCGAUGGACAACAGAAAAUGAUUCUUGAUCGUGGCACAUAUACAUGGCCAUUUGAAUUUAGUCUUCCAGAGAAUUUACCUCCAUCAUCAAGUCCCAACAAUGAAUCAUAUCCUCAUAUCAAAUACUACACUCAAGUCAUUCUUGGAAGACAAUGGUACAAAUCAAACAUGACAAAAACACAUAUUUUCACGAUUUCUCCUCGUAUGAAUAUUCAUCACAUGAACGAUAUUCAAGAGACACAAUUCUUUACUCAUCAGAAUCGUAAGCAACUCCGUUUACAAUGUUGCCUACUUCAGGAUGUUAUUGUGCCAGGUAAAACGCUCUCUUUUCUAAUAAAGCUUCACAAUCCUCGACGAUCGAAAAUAAAAAGAAUUGAAGCCAUUUUCAUGCAAUGUAGACACACUGCUUUCGAUCGUCAUAAUGAAAUUAUUGUUUCUGCUGAUUUACCCAAUUUGAACGAAUUCAAUGAAUUAUAUUUACAACGUAAUUUCGAACUUCUCGUACCUAAUAUUUAUCUAACACCUACUUCCUCAUUUUCGACAUCAUUUCAUGGCUAUUCGCAUUAUAUUACCGUUCAUUAUGAGCUCAAACUACAAAUAAAAUCACAUGGAGUAUUUACAGAUUUUCAAUUGAGCGUUCCAGUUAUUGUUGAUAUAGAGACAAUAUCAGAACAAUGA